CCCUGCGAAUUGUCUUUUUGCCUAAUUUUCCCUAGCGACGGGCCGUUCGCCCUUUAGUAAAUCUGCAUCAUCAGCUUCUAUACACUGAUAUUGUGCGCUCAAGUGAAAAGCCUUUUAUUGUGAGCCUCCCCAUAGUCAGUGCUACAGCAGGUCUGUGCCCCCAAGUUACUGAACUGGCAAAGAGCUGACUGCAGUAGCUUCUAUUUCACUGGAUACUCUUCAGUUUACUGUAAUGCUUGAUUAAAAAAAUACAUUUCACUGAGGUUGUUUUUGUGUUGAGGAUAUGGCUUCCAGCAUGAGAAGGGAUCCUUAUGGAGGAAUGAGGAAGAAUGAUGAAUAAAGGUAUGAAAGUCACAUUAUAUUGAAUAAAAAGGAAUUAUGUCAUUGUUGUCUGACCUUCUUUUUAUUUUUGGCCAGCGUCAUACUCCCAGGCAGCUCUAUCAAACUGUACAUCAAAGAGGAUGCACAAACUCUCCCAUCUAAAAAGAUCUUUAGAGAUUCAGAGUAAUUUCACUCUGAAAUAAAUCCAAAAGCUUUUAACCCUUUGGGCGGGGGGAUGCAGCAAAACCAGUGACAGCAGGAUCCCUUUCCCUCCCCUGGCACUGCGGUGUUCAGCCAGUAAAAUAAACAGCAAUAUUUGGUCCCUGCCAAGCUUUUAUGCCCAUGCUGAUUCCCAGAUUCACAUGGAUAUGAAGAGGAAACACUAUAGUAGCAGGCUGACAGCUUACCUUAUUAAAGAAGCAGCAUCACUUUAGCAAGGGAGGGUGACACACAGAGAGAGCCGGAAAAGCAGAACACAGCCCAAUAUCUUUUCUUUAAUUCAUUCUUUGCUGCAGCUCUGCGUGGAAAGGCUCAUCCUGGGAGAGGCAGUAAGAACCGACAUUCCCAAUGAUCUCCCUGAAUCUUCCAGGUUCCCAGUCAAGCUCUGAUUUAAGGACAUUACAGGUAAACUCACGUCUGGGAUUUCCACUUGAAAGAUGGAUUUCCAGGCUGAUUUGGAAGAGGAUAUUAAUAUUCAAGAUAACAAUUCCCAAAUAUUUCACAACUUUUCCAUCUCUGAUCCAAGAGGCAAUGUCGCCUAUGCCAAUGUUAUAAUGCCGACAGUGUUUGGAGUCAUCUGCUUGCUUGGGAUCAUUGGCAACAGUGUUGUCAUAUACACCGUCUUCAAGAAGUCCAAAUUCAGAUGCAGCAGCAGUGUGCCAGAUAUAUUUAUCAUUAAUCUUUCGGUCGUAGACCUGCUUUUCCUCCUUGGCAUGCCUUUUCUAAUCCACCAGCUUUUGGGCAAUGGAGUUUGGCAUUUUGGAGAAACCAUGUGCACCCUUAUUACUGCUUUAGAUACCAACAGCCAGUUUACCAGCACUUACAUACUCACUGCCAUGUCCAUUGAUCGUUACCUUGCCACAGUGUACCCAUUCACCUCGGCAAAGUAUAGGAAGCCACCUAUAGCCAUUAUGGUCAUCUGCAUUCUCUGGGUGCUGUCGCUUCUAAGCAUCACCCCUGUUUGGAUGUAUGCAAGACUUAUCGCUCUGCCUGGAGGGGUUCUGGGAUGUGGAAUUACACUCCCUAACCCAGAAAGUGACAUAUACUGGUAUACACUGUAUCAAUUUUUUCUGGCUUUUGCCAUUCCAUUUGCUGUGAUCUCAGUGGCAUACCGCAGAAUCCUGUUGAAAAUGGCAUCUUCUGAAGCCCUGACAGCUCAUAGGAGCUCCAGGAUAAGGACUAAGAAAGUAACCAGAACAGCAAUCGCGAUAUGCCUUGUUUUCUUUAUCUGCUGGGCUCCAUUUUAUGUUCUCCAGAUAAUUCAGCUGGUGAUGGACCAGCCAACUCUUGCUUUCCAUUAUGCUUACUGUGUUGCAAUUAGCAUGGGCUAUGCAAACAGCUGUAUAAACCCUUUUAUUUACAUUAUCCUGUGCGAGACCUUUAGGCGUAGGUUUAUUGUGUCCGUACAACCAGCAGAAAACCAUCCGGAGAGCAGGAUCCGCAUGAAAUUCCGAACUGAUCCACCCUCUGGGAGUGGACAACCUCUCCUUCAGCUUGUUCCUGUAUCAACUGGCAGCUAACCCAAUGGUCAUGCAUGGUCAAUUAUUUGUGUUCAGGUUAUGAAGUUAAUAAUUAUCCAACUUUUUCAACAUGUGCAUGAGAUUAUGGUAGAAAAUGCCACCACCGCCUGUUUUGUAUAGGUCACUGUGCAAGAACGUUUCGUGGUCAGUCUUUAAAUAUAAGUCAGAGCAAUGCUGGGUAUAUUAAACUGUUUUACUGACCUGGAAGGGGCCCCAUGAAUUAUGCUUGUAGCCAUGUGGAUGCCUCUAUGCUCUGACACAGAAGAUUUAUUGUCUUUUCACUGCAAUGAGAAUGUACAAAUUUCUAAAGAUCUUUUGCCAUUUCCUUUAUGGUGCAAAAUCAUGACUUGCAUUCUGUAGACUAUUUUUUAAAAAAGGCCCUUAACACUUUUAAUAAAUGCAAGCGAAUGGCAACCA